CUUCCAAUACUUAUUCCUACCUGUCCAUCUACCUAUCAACCAUAAUUAACUGCAACUUAGCCUCAUGGCACAAUCCCUAUCACUCCUUUCCUUUCUUCUUCUUUUUUCUUAUUAUUCCACUCUAACAAUGGGGGCCUACAAUGUACUAAACUACGGCGCGGAGCCCGACGGCCAAACUGACUCGGCGAAAGCAUUCCUAAGUGCGUGGGCCGAUGCGUGUGGAUCCGGCAGCCCCGCGACGAUGUACGUCCCCGCGGGCAAUUUCUUCGUCAGCCAGGCCGUCUUUCAAGGGCCCUGCAAAAGUUCCGAGAUCAAGAUGUACAUUGACGGGACCGUCGUCGCCUCGUCGAGCUACGACGGGGAGGCGGCCUGGUUGAUGUUCAAGUAUGUCGAUGGUUUGUCCAUCUUCGGCGGGACUAUCGACGGGCAGGGGCGGGCUUUCUGGGCUUGCAAGACGGCCGGUCGGAGUUGCCCCUCGAGCACCACCUCACUUACCAUUGCUAAAUCGAACAACAUCCUCAUCAGCGGGCUGUCGACGGUGAACAGCAAGGGCUUCCACAUCUCCAUUUUCGGCAGUAACGGCGUGACGGUGCAAGGCGCGAAGAUCACCGCGCCCGGUAACAGCCCCAACACUGACGGCAUUCACAUCCAGAUGUCGAGCGACGUCACCGUCACGAGCAGCAGCAUAAAGACUGGCGACGACUGCAUCUCGAUCGGCGAGGGCGCAAACAAUGUGUGGAUUGAGAAGAUCAACUGCGGCCCCGGUCACGGCAUAAGCAUUGGAAGCUUGGGGGAUACACCGUCGGAGUCCGGGGUGCAGAACAUCACGGUGAUGUCGGUCGUUUUCACCGGAACGCAGAACGGGCUCAGGAUCAAGACGUGGGGGAAACCGUACAGCGGAUUCGUGAAGGACGUAAAGUUCGAGCACGCCGUCAUGCAGAACGUCCAGAACCCCAUCAUUGUUGAUCAAAACUACUGCCCUGGCGACGUUAACUGUCCAGACCAGCGGAGACGAAGAGGACGGAGCUCGGAGAUCGCAACAAUGGCGGCGGAGGGGGAGGAGCUGAGCAACAAGAGGAUCAUCUUCAAGGACUACGUCGUAGGGUUCCCCACCGAGGACGACAUGGUCCUCACCCCCUCCACCAUCCGAUCGAAGGUCCCCAAGGGAUCGACGGCCGUGAUCCUCAAGAACCUCUACCUCUCCUGCGACCCCUACAUGCGUUGGCGCAUGUCGGCGCCCGAGCACGAGAGCUACACUGACGCCUUCGUUCCGGGAUCUGUCAUUGUUGGUUAUGGUGUGGCGAAAGUUGUCGACUCUGGACACCCAGAUUUCACAGCUGGAGACUUGGUCUGGGGAUUAACUGGUUGGGAAGAGUACAGUCUGAUAACUGCACCUGAAGGCUUGAUGAAAAUCAAACACACCGAUGUCCCGCUUUCUUAUUAUACGGGCAUCUUAGGAAUGCCGGGGCAUACUGCUUAUAUUGGAUUCCAUGAAAUAUGUUCUCCAAAGAAAGGAGAAAGAGUCUAUGUUUCAGCGGCAUCAGGCGCAGUUGGUCAGCUUGUUGGCCAAUUUGCUAAGCUGAUGGGGUGCUAUGUGGUUGGGAGUGCAGGCUCCAAAGAAAAGGUUGAUCUCUUAAAGAAUAAGUUUGGGUUUGAUGAUGCUUUUAACUAUAAGGAGGAGAAAGAUCUCAAUGCUGCCUUGAAAAGGUGUUUCCCAGACGGAAUCGACAUCUACUUCGAGAACGUGGGGGGCCGAAUGCUUGACGCAGUUCUUCUGAACAUGAGAGCUCACGGUCGAAUCGCGGUCUGCGGAUUAAUAUCUCAGUACAACCUCACCCAGCAAGAAGGCAUCCACAACUUGUUCAACGUCGUGACGAAAAGGCUCCUCUUGCAAGGCUUCAUUUUCCCGGAUCACCUGCACCUCUAUCCCAAGUUCUUGGAAAUGGUCAUUCAGUAUAUAAGAGAAGGUAAAGUCGUUUACGUCGAGGAUGCUGCAGAAGGAAUAGAGAAGGCUCCUUCCGCACUCGUCGGCCUCUUUGCGGGCCGUAAUGUCGGCAAACAGGUUGUCGUCGUCGCCCGCGACUGAUGUGUCUGAGUGUUGCAAUUAUUGUUGUGGAUUUGUGCAAUUAUUGUUUGUGUGUAUCAAUCAACUCUGCUGUAGUUGGUGUCAGCAAUGAAGAUGACAUUUGUGAUCAGAAUAAUGAAAUGAUAUUUCUAAGAUCAGAGGUUUUA